UCUCUCUCCUCGUCCCCCCACGCCCGGCAUCAUACGUCUGUUUACUACGACCACUAACACGCAAUGAGCAAACGAAGAGGCACCAACGACGGCCCCGUGAAUGGCGGCGGGGACACUCCAUUAGUCCCGUCCGCGGCCCUCCAACAAUACCGCGACACCGAAGGUCACUUCUCGCUUGUCCGGAACUUCCGUCUCGCGGACCUCGUCACCAUCGCUAACGGCAUAUGCGGCUCAUUCUCGGUAUUCAUGUCCGCCAAAUACCUCCUCACGAAUAAGGAAGACCAUCUGUGGUCCGCGCUCGCAUUCCCACUCGCGGGCCUCAUCUUCGACUUCCUCGACGGCAAGGUCGCGCGGUGGCGGAAGGAGACGAGCAUGCUCGGUCAGGAGCUCGACUCGCUUGCCGACCUGAUCUCGUUCGGCGUUGCCCCCGCCCUGCUCGCGUUCGCCGUCGGCUUCCGGACGUACCUCGACACAGUUAUCCUCACCGGUUUCAUCUGCUGUGGGCUCGCGCGCCUCGCGCGCUUCAACGCGACCGUCGCGCUCGUCCCCAAGGACGCCAAAGGCAAGGCCGCGUACUUCGAGGGCCUCCCGAUCCCCUCCUCGCUCGCGCUUGUCGGUCUCCUCACCUAUUGGACUAAGCAGGGCUGGAUCGCGGGCAAGGAGGGCCUGCCGCUGGGAACAAUCACCCUGUGGGGCCACCCGGGGGGCGAUGGCGACCUGCACGUGUUCAGCAUCGUGUUUGGGCUGUGGGCGGCGGCGAUGGUGAGCAAGACGCUGCGGGUGCCGAAGCUGUGACGCGAGUGCUUUUGGAAGUUUGAGGGGGCGGUCCAGGACUUCAGGCUGGGAAAAUCUCCUAAGUGGACGGCUGGGAUGUUGUCUCGCUGCGCACGCUUUGGAUACGUUACGGACAUGAGUUACGACCCCGCGAUGACAUACUCUAGCUUGUAUCGGAAUAACUACUUGUUUAGACUGCUGGCUCAACCCGGUAGGCCUGCACGGAUGCUACGCACGG